AUGUAUGACAGACCAGUCAGUUUACAGGGGUGUUGUGUGGACUAUAUUUGUGAUAAUUUAGAUUCCUUAUGUGAAAUUCAGUCAUCACCUGAAUGCCCACAACCAAAACAUGUUUUGAAAGACCCUGAUGUGUUUUUUCACAGUAAUUUGUCUGAAAAAUUGCUAGAAACGCUCAAUGACAAAGGUAAAUUGAAUGACAGCACCAUUAAUAUAUUUCAACCAAAUGUGACCUCAUUAAGGCAUGUAUCAAUUAAAGAUGCUUCACUGACGACUAAAGGAUUGAGAAUUUUUAAAUCUCAUAAGAUAUCAGAGUUAGAAAUCACUGGUUUGAAGAGUGUCACUGUUAAUGAUUUGAUUGGUUGUCUAGGAGAAUGGACUUUGACAAACUUGCGACUACUCAAUGUUAGUAAUAGUACUUUCAUUAACAGUGCUAAAUUUUGUGUGGUGGUUUCUCUUUCCAAACUCAGAACUCUGCAUUUUCUCAACGUAAGCAAUACAGAAUUUAGUAAACAUGGUCUAGAAAUAAUUGCUGAAGACUUGCCAUGUUUGGAAUGUCUCGAUAUAUCAGGAACACCUAUCAACGAUAUUUCACCGCUACGAAAGUGUAAGGAUCGAUUGAAGAUGUUGUCAAUGUAUAAUCUUGUGAUAAGUAACACAGAUGAUCUGGUGACAAUAUUAUGUGAACUCCAUAAACUUGUCUAUUUGGAUGUAUCUGUCAAUAAUUCAAACUCUUCUGGUCCUCAAUUCGUAAAUUAUCCUCAGACAAAGUUUGAAAUUUCUCAGUUAUUAUUGAAGAAAGAUUGUCAUCCUGGUUUAUCAUCAUUAGAUAUCUCUGGUAGAGAUGAUGUUCCAGAAAAUGUACUCAGAGAUUAUAUGGACAGUCAUAACAAGUUAUCUUUCCUUGGUUUAGCUUUAACCCAUACUUGUCAAUAUUCAAUGUUUCUGCUGGAAUCUCCUGACUUUAAACAAGAAAUUGUGGUGACAGGUGAAGCUGAUGAAAAACAAAUCAAAGAAUCUUUGAAACGUUAUGUGUCAAGAUAUAUGUAUAUGCAGAGAGCUCUGUAUAGAUUAUUUAGCUUUUCACAACAUAUGACAGAGCCCAGGGAAGAUAUAAUCAAGUUGGUGAUUCCUGCAAUGAAAGCUCAUCCUAAAGAAUUAAAUGUUCAAAUGGCUGCUACAGCAUGCCUGUAUAAUUUGUCUAAAAGUGAAUUAGGCUUAAAGAUACACCCUGCUUGUCUUCGUGAUAUUGUAGAAUUAACAUUACAAGCUAUGGAAAAUUAUCCAAGUCAUCAACAGUUACAGAAGAAUGCUUUAUUAACACUAUGUAGUGAUAGAAUUCUACAAGAUGUGACAUUUGAUAGAUUUCGAUGUGCUAAGUUAGUAAUGGAUUGUUUAUGUACGUUUGAAGAUCAGUCUAUGAACAGAAUGUCUGUAGCUAUUUGUUCUAUUUUAGCAGCUAAGAUUACAACAGAAGAAACAUCUAGAUUAGGAGCUAAGUCACGGAAUAUGAAGAAGUUAUUAGGUUUAGUAAAACAGAAGGUGGAAUCACAGAGUAUAGAUAUUACAUUAAAAUUUACACUGAGUUGUUUAUGGAAUUUAACAGAUGAAUCACCACCAACUUGUCGUGUAUUUUUAUCAGAAAAUGGUUUAGAAUUGUUCAUGUCAACACUUCAGGUAACAUUAUUUACUUUACAAGUUGAAACUAAAAUUCUCGGAUUAUUGAAUAAUAUUGCUGAAGUGAAGUUUUUAAGAAAAGCAUUGAUGAGGGAAGACUUCAUAAUGAUUACAAAUCGUCUGCUAGAAGCUGAACAUAUUGAUGUGAGUUAUUUUGCUGCUGGUAUUGUAGCUCAUAUAGCUAGUGAUGGUGAGGAUACAUGGUCAAUAUCUUGUACAUUACGUACUGAAGUUCUGGAUAAACUGGGUCAAGUUGUUUUAAAUUGGGAGCAGCCUAAAGGUGAAAUGGUGGCUUAUAGGUCUUUUAGUCCAUUUUUUCCACUAUUAGAAUGUCAUGAUUUACCAUCGGUACAGUUAUGGGCUGUUUGGGCAAUUAAUCAUGUUUGUACUAAAAAUGAGAAAAGAUAUUGUCCAUUGCUGCAAGAAGAAGGUGGAACAGAAAAACUUCAUGAUCUAUUAGCAAAUGGGAGUAAAACAUCAAAAGUUGAAGAAAUAACAUUAAAUAUUCUGAAAUUAUUACAAAAUCAUGCUAAAAAUCAAUGA